AGUCGUUCCUUCGUAUUAGGGGAAAUGCCCAGUGACUAAUCAAGCGAGACCAAAAAACAUGCGCAAGCACGUGAGAUGUAAUACGUGUCGCGUCCAUCUACGACGCGUCUCUUCAUCAUACCACUCUCUUUCAACUCGUACACAAACCUUUCAUUCAUUAUGUAUUCUGAAUCUGCAUAUGACGAUUCUUGAUUCCCUUCGGAUUAUAACAGUGACAGCAUACAGCACGGACUUCGACGAUUCAUUCGAACAUCGUAUCCAAUCGGCUUUCUUAUCACUUUGCGCAAUGAUCUGCCCACAACACGCAUCUCCGUCACUCAGGCUGUUUUCAUUCACAUUGGCAAAUCUCGUACAAUCUCAUAACCUCGCAAAAAUAAUGCGUUUCUCCUUCCUCGCCGUUAUUGCUGCUUUGACAGCAGCUAUGUCUGUCAGUGCCACACAGUGCAAGCCACUAGGCAAGCAUUGCAAGAAAAACAGUGAUUGCUGCAGUAAGCAUUGUAAUUUGGCAGCUGUGGGCCUGGUUUCGUAUCGGUGCUGAACGUACUAGUUCGUUGUUGACUUGGUUAAUAUGGUCGCUCCUGGAGUUUACUGCUGCUUGGGCAAUAGAAGCUCUUGGAUAGAGGAAACACUCGAUAUGUAUGAUAUUGACUAGGAAAUAUGAUGUAUGAGCUUGAUUGAACCUCGUGGCACAGACAUAAUGAUCCAUGUCAACUGAAUUUAAAGGAUUGCGG